UUAAAAGGUGAUGGUGAAUGGUGUAUCUUCAAAGAUAAGAGACACUAUAGUCUAGUGCAACGCACUCUCGAUACUCAUUACUAUCCCCUUUCUUUCUCUGUCUUACUCUUUCUUUUUCUCUGUGCUGUACUCAUUUCUUGUUCUCAAUUUCUCAUAAAAAAUAAGCUGAAAAUUUUCUUGAUCUUGCUCUGCAUUAAAGAACAUUUCUUGAAUUCUGAAGGCUGAUGUUAAUUGUUGCAAGAAUGGAAAGAGUUCAAAAAAUAACGCUGUCUCUACUCUCUCUUCUCUUGGUACUACCUUAUACCAGCCCCUCACCUAUCCCAAAAUCAAGAAUGAUGUACCAGAUCGCAUGCACAAUGUGCUCAACCUGUUGUAACCCUGUUCCAUCGCCUCCGCCGCCAUCACCAUCUCCACCUCCACCAGCAUCUACCUCUAAUUGUCCGCCGCCGCCAUCUCCGCCUAGCUCAUCAGGCUCCUACUAUUACUCCCCACCGCCACCUUCCACUUACACUUACUCCUCUCCACCACCACCACAGGGUGGCGGUUCUUAUUACAAUUAUCCACCACCAUAUAAUAAAAACUACCCUACACCUCCACCUCCUAACCCAAUUGUUCCUUACUUCCCUUUCUAUUAUUAUAGCCCACCUCCUCCUUCCAUUUCUGGGUCUUUAAAGCUGUUGGGUUCUGUUAGUUACACCAUUGUUGUUGUAUUGAUCGUUGUGUUUUCUUUGUUUUGAUAGAAACUAUAAACGAAGGAUAAAGAAAUUCAAAUAAUGUGUCAGAUUGGCAGAUCUGUUAAUUUUCAGCAGAAAGAGAGGGUCUUGAAAGUUCAUCUCUGAAAGCAGUGAGAAGUAAGAGAAAUGGACAAGAACUGAAGAAGUGAAAGACUGUUCUUGGAGCUUGCCGAUUUACGAGAUUGCCCUUCUUGCACUGAACUUGUCAAGGAGGAGACAACAAUGAUGACAAUUGGGAAGUAAUUAGUCUAUUCUAAUUCUCUUUUCUCUCUUUUGCUGUAGAGUGAUCUGUAAUUUGUUGACAACUUGUACCUAUCUUUGUUGUUCUUUUCCUUUGCAUUAAUUUAAAAUAAUAAUUAGUCAUUUUUGUCACCAA